CCGGUUCCGGCCGGUGACAGGAAGCUCGGCACAUGUGGGUGACUUUGAGGCUGCAGGUCAGGGAGUCGCGGCGAUGGACGGCUUUGGGUCAGAUUUCUCCUCCGGUUCCUCGGGCUCCGGGAAAGUAGACACCGGGGCCAUCAUGGAACAGGUCAAAGUCCAGAUUGCGGUGGCAAACGCGCAAGAACUGCUGCAGAGGAUGACCGAUAAGUGCUUUCGAAAAUGUAUAGGAAAACCUGGUAGCUCCCUGGAUAAUUCAGAGCAGAAAUGCAUUGCAAUGUGCAUGGACAGAUAUAUGGACGCCUGGAACACCGUAUCCCGAGCUUACAAUUCCAGACUGCAGCGAGAGAGUGCAAAGAUGUGACAUGGAUCAGGAGUCCACGUCAAUCUGGAGAUUAAACCUACCAUCACUGGACAUAAUCCCCUUUGCUGUCAAAUGGAAGAAGGAUUAAAAAAAAACAAGGAACUAUACAUGUAUGAGACUGUUAACAUAGGGCAAUGAUACUGCAAGGAUUUAUAUUGCAGUAAAAAUGACAGCAUGUUGGAAUAAAAAAAAAAAAAGCAGUGCUGCUCAAUAUCUCCUACCCUGCCACUUAAUCUCCUAAAGGGGCGUAGCCAUAUUGAGGGGUUAAAGGGGCGGUGCGGGAGAUGUCUGAAUAUUGGC